UGUCAAUGUGGCGUAUUAGAUUAUAAAGAAACGGAGGCCCUCGUGCAAAAAACAAACAAAUGACGAGAUAGGUUAGGUUAUUCGUGAGCUCACACACGCUAUUUAAAAUGGCUCAUCUCUUGAUGCUCCCUUCGAUUGGAAACAGCACCGAAAGAGAAAAAACCCCUGUAGCCGAGACCGGUUUUGGAGCUUCCAAGCCAUGUCUUCUCGCGAGCAAAGGAGAGCGGCUCUCUAUGAGAAGUUGCAGCAACUGCGCGCCGUCACCAGCUCCAGUGCGGUGAAUAAAACUUCAAUCAUCGUGGAUGCAGCCAAGUACAUAGAGGAAAUGAAGGAAAAGAUAGACAAGCUAAACGAAGAGCUCGGAACUUCAACAGAUCAAGAUCUACCCAUGGAGGUUAAUGUGGAAAGCCUAGAGAGGGGGUUCCGAAUAAACGUGUAUUCGGAAAAGAACUGUCCAGGUUUGCUCGUUUCCAUACUUGAAGCCUUUGAGGAGCUGGGGCUCAACGUUUUGGAUGCUAGGGUUUCUUGUGCUGACAAUUUCCAUUUAGAAGCAGUUGGAGGAGAAGAAGAUGGGCAUGACAACAUUGACGCUCAAGUGGUGAAGCAGGCAGUGUUGCAAGCUAUCAAGAAAUGGAGUGACGAACAAGAAGAUUAAUUACGCUUGAACAAUCUGUGAUCUUCUCUCUCUUUCUCUUUUGCUUCCUUUUUGCUCUGAUAUGAAGCCGAGAGCUGCAGAAAAGAAGAGGCAGGGAUGCAACAAUUGUAAUUAAAAAUGUUCGAGGAUAGAAUGAGUUGUAGUAGCCAAGAAAGGGUUUAGCGCAUAAUCAGGACAAAAUUUGUUCAGUGAUGAUUCUUGGCAAUUUUUACUGCUGCUAGAAUGCAACAAACAAAGACGCAAGCUAAGUCAUGCUUGUCAUGAUAGUUCAUGUACUGAGUGCUCAACAGCUGUUCAAGAUUGGAAUUGUCUGGGUCGUAUCAUUAUCUGCCAAAAUGAAAGACAUAAUGGCAGGAAACAUUUUGAAGAAAAUAGACAAUUUUCGUUGGGGGGCUUUUCUGUCGGAGGCCAUUUAAAAAAAAAUGGGGAAAGCAGAGCUGCCCCCACAUCAAUUAAUUGAGACAAAAAUGUGAUCUUAAAAGUUUUAGAAUGUUAGUCUAAGAUGUUAUUUGAUGAUGUAUUUUCCUUGCUAUCAGACAAUUAUUUUACUUAGCA